CAUAGAGAAAAUAUCAGAGCCCCUUCCAUAAGAGUGAGGAGGGGGAAUGUGAGAGAGUGGGGGAGCAGACUUUCAUGUCAGAGGCAAGCUUCCUGAUGAUUUCUUUAUCCUGAGAGGCAGAGAGAAGGGAGCGUCACUCAUCAGCACUGCCACAUUCAGGUGCAUGGUGGAAGUAUGCCACACACUAGGCUACUCCUGCUUCUGCUCAUACUGUGCAUGGCCCGCUCAAGUCUCCACUAUAACUUUUACAAAACAGAGUCAAUUUUCAGUUGCCUCAAAGAAGCCCUUGAGGAGGCCAAAAGGAGAAGUUUAGAAGACAAUUCGAUUCUUAGCAAGAGGAGCUAUGACUUUGGACCAAGUGAUAACCUAUUAUCCCAAGAGGAAGAGGAGGAAGAAGAGGAUGAGAAAGAAAAAAGGACAUUUCCAGCUGCCCGGUACAGAUAUCUGUCACAGGCCCAGGUGAAGGGCAAGGUAUAUCAAAACAAGGCAAAAAGUGACCGUCGGACCAAAUUUACUCUUUCUUUGGAUGUACCCACCAAUCUAAUGAACAUUCUAUUCGACAUUGCAAAAGCUAGAAACAUGAGGGCAAAGGCGGCAGCAAAUGCCCAACUGAUGGCCCAGAUCGGAAAACGAAAGUAAGACUGGCUAGGCCGUGCGUGGCUCACAAAGGGAGGUAGAUAAAUCAGCACAGGACUUGUGUCAUGAAAUCUCCCGUCCCACACAUGGCCGAACCUUGGAACUUUUCUUUGUACAGUACACUGCUACAUUAUGAGUCCUUCAAAGCUGCAUUUACUUCCUACAUGUCUAUGCCCAAGGGGUGAUAUGUCACCCUCCUCACCCUCUUUUAUAAUUCAUUAAGAAAAUUAUUUUGUUCUAUUUUGUUACAUUAUCUCUAUCUUUAUCCGUCGCCACUUCUGAAAUUCUGUAUUUUGGCUUUAUCAGUGACCUAAGGAUUUUAAUAUGUCUUAUUUUUUUUUCUCUGUUUAAUAUUUCCUUUGUAAUUUCUGUUACUUUCAAUGGAGAUUUUACUGCAAAAAUUUAAAAUUAUUAAAAAAAAUGUUUGCAUCUCCCACUGUGAUGUUUUGUCAUUAAACCAAGUAAUUUCUGACAUUUUCAAGCUUUUCUGUUUGUGUGCCUGGUCUUUUUGACACUUUAUAUUAUAUAUAAAAAAAAUAAAAAAAACUUAAAAAGUACAUAAAAAAAUGCUGCUGUAUAUAUUUAAAGACUGUAGACACUCUUGACAUAAAAAAAAUGUUAGUGGCUACCUUGAA